CCCACUUUUUCGGGUGCACUCAGUGCACCCGCCUCAUAAUUAUCAUUCUGAGCAUGCGAUUCAUAUCAAAACGGUAUCAAUUGUAGCUUAUGAUAUUAUGAACAAGAAGCACAUAAAUUUGAAAAAAAUUCAUUCCAAAUUCACUUUAAUUCGAAGGAUUUAGGAUUAGGGAUUUAGGGUUAGGGUUUAGGUUUACAAUUAAGGAUUUUGGGUUGGGAUUCAAAAUUGAAGGUUAAGGGGAUAGGGUAAUGGAUUGAUUUGUUAUGAUUCUAUGUCAUAUCAUCAUAUUAUAUUGAGAGUAUUAAUUAAAGUUCAAAAUCGAUGUAUUAUGGACGCUUUUAGAGUUGGGUGCACUGAGUGCACCCAAAAAAGUGAGUGCACCGAAGUAGCCACCAUAUAUAUAUAUAUAUAUGGUGCCUUCUACGGUACCCCGGGUAAAAUCUGGGGUACCGUAUACCUUGAGUAUGGAAACGGUAUCUAGACCUCGAAUUAGCAGGAUUUUUGGGUCUGAUACUAUACCCUAACCCUUAAUGAGUGAACCCUGGGUCCUAAUUAUCUAAAUCAUAAUCUAUAAACCCUAAGAUGGUGCAUUCCGUUUUGUGCCUAUAUUUGGACGAAUCAUAACCGUCGAUUAUUGUUUCUAAUUAAAUUGAUCUUGGAGUAUAAGAUUAGGAGAAUUAAGACCUAGAUUUUGAUCUUUAAGGGUUAGAGUAUAGUAUCAUGUCCGAAAGAUCGGUCAAUUCAAAGUCUAGAUAGUGUUUUCAUACUCAAGGUAUACGGUACCCCGAAUUUUGUCCAGGGUACCGUAGAACUCGCUUUAUAUAUAUAUAUGAUGAUAAUAAUGAGUUUCGUGUACUAUAGUCUAUAGGUUACAUCGUUUGAAAUAUGCUAUUGUGUUUUUAAUAACUAAAAGUUACAUUUGAACGAAAAUGUAAUUUGCACUUCUUUUUCCCAUGCAAAAAGCACUUUUUAAAGGAUAAAAUUGGAAAAAAAUACAAUAAUUUCAAAAAAACUAUCGUAAUAAUUUUAGCUAAAAGACGUGAUUGUACAAUCAUUCAUGAAUGUUGUUUCUUUCUCAUCAAGUAAACAAUACACACAUUUGUUUGAUCAAUCGAAAAUAAACACAAGAAUCAAACAAUCGCUUUGUGUGGUAUUUCUGGAAUGCCAAGACUGAUCGCUUUGUGCAUAUGCACCUCUAUCGACAUAUAUACACGAGAUAAGCCUUAGGAAUAACAAUUGGUAAUUUACAAGCUAAGUAUUAGUCGCUACAGACUACACUCCUAACAUAGGUCAAGUGUAACUAAUAAAAGGAAUUGUAGUAUAAUGACAUAAUUAAUCAAAUAUUGAUUCCACAAGUCUCUAGAUGUAGUAUUACUAAGCUUCAAUUAAGUAUUUAGGAGAUCAGAAAUUCAUAUGAAUGACAACUACAACUAGUCUAACAAAUUGCAUAAAAGGUUAGACUAACACACUACAAUUUAGGACUCACUAAGGUACGAUUCCGCCCCUAAACACUAGCAGAAUGAAUGAUUGAUGGCUCUCUAACAUAUUUUAAUCUCCAUUCAUAUGCGAAAAGUCUUUAAUCGAUUAAAACAAACAAGCCCUCUUGUAUAAUUGUAUUUGGUUCCUAUGUCAGUUAGUCUAGCUUGCCUUUCUUGUCUCUUGUUUCAGGUUGUGCUUCACUGCACACAAAGUUGGUUUUGCGGGCCAUAGAUAUCUCAUUGAACAAACGGUGAAGAAGGUUGUGCUUCACUACUAGCCAUAUAUACAUUCCAUUGACAAUACAGACGUGUAGGCUUGCUUUUUCCCAACCUGCUAGUACAAACGUUUUGCAUUAACCAUCACAAUUACUAAGCAACAGAAAAUAAUAUGAAAUCCUUAUUAAUUAUUGGAAGAAAACAUCCACUAAAUAAUAGUACGGUAUAUGCCACUGAAAGCUGCUAGCCAUACCUCUUCCUUGACAGCAUAUACGUAUAGCCAAAGGAAACAAAACGGCUUCCUAAAAGUAUUAGGCAACACUUAGGGCUCGUUUGGAAGUUGGGAUUUCAGAUGAUGUAUUUAGCCAAUACAUGUAAUCAGAAGAAUUCAUCGUUUUUUUGGCUUAAAAUGAAACAGAAUGCUUGUAUUUGAACAGCAGAUGGGCCCACCAGAAUCAUUCAUUAUGAAUGAUUGUAAAUCUCAACUUUUAGUAGAGAUUAUGUUUGAGGGAUUGUUGUCUUACUUUUUGUUCCUUAUUCUUUGAGGGACCACCAAAAUCAUUCAAUCUCCAAACAAUGUAUUUUUCAAAUUCAUACAUUGAAACAAUGCAUCUAAUUAUAAUACAUACAUUGAUUAAAUACAUCAAUUUAGAGAAUCCUAACUUCCAAACAUGCCCUUAGUUGCGCCACGCUUUACAUCCUCCGGCCACGGAUAAGUGAACGGUAGAAAGAGCCCAUAAAGUCGCGCGUAAAGUUCUGGUCUUGUUAUUAUGCUUUAUUUGCAUAAUUAAUGGUAACUUUCAUUGUUUAUAUGUUAUACUAAUGUAACACUUUAUUGGCAUAUGUUACAUGGUUUGUGAAACAUGGUUCUAUCAAGGACAUGUAAUUAUACGUUAUAUUUUCAUAAUUAUAUAAAGACCAACAUCACUUUAUGGAGUGUAAUGAAUUACCGACUAAUAACAUUAAUGGUAUAUAUAUAUAAAACACUUAAUUUGUAUGUCACUUGGUUUGGGAAACAUGGUUAUAUUAAUAACAUGUAAUUAUAUGUUAUAUUUGCAUAAUUAUAUUAAGUUCAAUAUCAUUUUGGAGCGUAAUGAAUUACCCACUAAUAACAUUAAUGGUAAAUAUAACACUUUAUUUUCAUGUUAUAUGGUUUGUGAAACAUGGUUAUAUAAAUAACAUGUAUUUAUAUGUUGUAUUUUCAAAAUAAUAUCCUCGUAAUCCAAAUAAUAUCUAAGCCCACUUAGAUCAAAAGGUCCUUAGAUAUGAGUUUUUUAGGCUCAUUUAGUUCUAAAGGUCCAAAUUGAGUUACUUGUGGAUGAGUAACCCUUGGUUACUUAGCCUAUCUUGAAUCCCGUUCAGGCUGCCUGAUUGAUAAUGAUUUGUGUUUUUAGUUACCGAUUUUUCUUGCAGACAUCUCAUACAAAGGUUUAUUCAUUACAACAAUAAAAUAAACACAAAUUAAGCAUACAAAAGAACUCUACGAAUCAAGGAUACUCCCCCAACACAUCGGGCAUGUGGCCUGACUAUCUAGCCACUUAUCUAUGUAGAUUAAGUGGAAGACGUGGCCACAUGUCCCUAGCUGUCGGACGUCCACACGAGGCUCCAAAUCUUCUAAGCAAAUCAAACACUACGACGGCUCGUCUUGCUCCGAGAACUAUGGUGGCGGCGGGCGUACGAGUGGAAGUGGAGGCUGAGUCUGGCGCUGAGGUUCAUGAUGAGGUCCCUGAUCAUUUCCCUGGACCUGAUGUUAGAGUAGUCAAAAGAUUCAAAGGACACUCCCCCAACACAUCGGGCAUGUGGCCUGACCGUCUAGCCACUUAUCUAUGUAGAUUAAGUGGAAGACGUAGGCACACCUCCCUAGCUGUCGGACGUCCACACACGAGGCUCCAAAUCUUCUAAGCAAAUCAAACACUAUGACGGCUCGUCUUGCUACGAGAACGAUGGUGGCGGCGGGCGUACGAUUGGAAGUGGAGGCUGAGUCUGAUGCUGAAGCUCAUGAUGAGGUCCCUGAUCAUUUUCCUGGACCUGAUGUUAGAGUAGUCAAAAGAUUUAAAGGAAAUACAACAUUGGUGAGGGAAGGAAAGUGCAAGUGGUUUUUAAUUUUGCUUCCACUUUAUUUUAUUGGAUAAAGUGGUUAGUGGGCUUUUGGCUAUUUAAUUAAUUUCUUGAAUUAAUUUUUAUUAAUUUAAGAUAAUUAGAAAAUAAAUAAAUAAUUCAAACUACAAAUUUCUAGCAUGAUAGAUUUAAUUUUAAUUAAAAAAUAAAUAAAAAAUAAAUAAUACAUUUCAAUGUGUAUACAGUGUUCCAUUUUCACUAAAAAAUAAGAUCUAAACAAAAAUUGUAUGAUCAAUAUGAAUUAGAAACGAAACAACUAAACAAAUUAAUAGUAUUUUUCAAUACAGUAUAACUCAUUCAUUAUAGAAAAACUAUUGUAUAACUCAUCCUAUUUUCAAAAUUUAAAAAUAAACAUCUACUUAUGGUGACAUUGCAUUCUCCCAAGCCCUUGAAAUGACCUCAUUAUUAAUUUUGAAAUUGAGAUUGAGCUGCUGAUAAAUUUACCCAUGUCUGGUAAUUACGCACAUGAUAUCAUGAAGGGAUUUCAAAGAUAAACAGACCAACAAUCCAUCUGUGGCGUGUUUUGCAUUUUGCUAGAGUUAAAUUGUCAAAUUUGUUGGAUAGGGGUGGUAAAUGGUAAGUUGGUUAUCGGUUUUAACCGAAAACUACGGUGGUUAAUGAUUAACUAUAACAGCUAAUUUCUUAGUGGUUCGAUUUCAGUUAGCUCUAUUUUGCUUAAUGGUUAACCUUUACCGAUUAAUUGGUCAGUGGUUAACCAAUACGAAAAUCGAUAACAACAUACUAAUAUAACCAUAUAGUUUUGGACUUUUGGUAUUUGGUUGAGGGAAAUCCUAGAUCUGCCACUGCUCUCAUUACAUCUUAUUCUACAAGCGUGGGCCCCGGCUAAUUGGCCGGAGGAAGGUGAGGUAUGAAAUUUGAUAAUGUAAUGGGGUGUAUAGUUUAUUGUUGUAUAGUUUUUUUGGGAAACACGUGAUAAAAAUAGUGAAUUUUAGCAGGAAAGAGACAUAAAUGAUGCAAGGAAUCAAAAAUCAGCGUUAUGAACCAAAAUCAACUACCUGUUACCUUGUGAAACAAUAUUGUUUCUGGUAAUAUGAUGAGGUGGAGUAAGUUUUAUAGAAACCGAAUUCCAGAAAAUUGAAUAAAAAAUGCAUGUCCCGCCGGUUUUCGGGAAAUGAGCAUCUCACAAUCGUACCUAGAUUUUACUCGGCCCGUUGGCCGAUUAAUUUGCUUAAUAAAACUUUCAUCUUGUCGUCAUUGUGCUUUCUGGUUUUUGCUAGGUCAUGAUAAAAUCUAAAGAAAUCAAGAACGAACAACACGAUUUGAGAUAGGAACCGUCGUGCCUGUAUCCCUAGAAAAUGGUGGUAAACACAGACUCACCUGGCAAACUGGUUCGGAUUGAGAUUUUUAUCGGGUAUCAGGGAACCAUGUGAUUACAAAUUAGACUUGAUCCAAACGGGUCAAAACUUGAAAUUCAGCCUGUUUGACCGACCCAUGCCAAACUCUAAUUAUUCUUUACUAUUUAAACUUUCUAUUUGAAAAUAAAAAAUAGUGAAAGAAAAGAGAUGAUUGCAAUUCGACAUUUGCACAUCACUGAUUCGAGAAUAAAACCAUAGAAAUUCG